ACACUGGCAGGCACACACAAUUUUUUUUAAAAUUUUGAGCUCACCUUUCAACAGCGUGAUUUAAAAUUUUACAUUAAUGGUUGAUAAAUAGAGAUGCAGCGGUGUGUCUGCAUAUUACGCCAUUUUCACCUAAAAAGUGGAGAAUAGUUCAACCUGCAUAUUAUGUCUGUGAAUCUUGCUGAAAGUGAAAUAAUUAUGUUUUUGCGCAAGUUUAACUUUAAGUUUUAAACAACCACGUAAAGUAUAUUUGACUUAAACAUUGAUUUUUGAAGCUCAUUUGAAGCCAAUUUAAAUUCAAGUAUGUCGGUAAAAAUGUACGCAAUGGUUCAAAUUAAACUUUACUCUCGGCAAUUUUAUUUUAUGGAAUGUUUCAUCUUCAGCUCUUAGAUUCAUUUUUGAAAUUCCUUGAAUUUAGCUAUACCUUUAGAACUCAAAUCGGCGAUGUUUACAUUACACUUGUUGUCACUAUGUGGGCUGAUGACAGCAAUGCAACUAAAGUGUUUUUCGAUGGCCAUAGAUAUUGGAAACAACUGCAGUAUUGAAGAUAUGAAGAGAUUGUUGAAAAUGCAUGAAAUAAUUCCAGAUUUGCUCAAAGAUGUUCCAAACCAAUGUUUAGAUAUGGAACUAAGUGGCAAAACUGUUAUUCUUGGUGAUAGAGUAGAUUACUUUGACACUGUUAUGAAACCGAAUAAAAUAGAAUGGGAAUAUGAAGAUGGAGGGUUUUACUCAUUAGUCAUGACAGGGCUUGAUGUCCCUACUCGAGAGGUCCCAAAUAGCCGAGAAAGCCAAAAUUGGGUAGUAGGCAACAUACCAGGUAUAAACAUAACUGCAGGAGACACAUUGUUCCGUUUUCAACCACCAGGAGUGGAAUACGGUGAAGGCACUCAUAGAAUUGCAAUCCUCAUCUUUAAGCAACGUUUACCAAUCAAAUUUACUGAGAUGGACCUAGGAGCAAUAAGACGUGAUAGUGUAAAUCGAGCCUACUUUUCAACGGAAGGAUUCUCUGAAAAGUAUGAGCUUGGUCCGCCUUUAGCGAUCAACUUUUAUGAAUUCGAGAUGAAAAUGUGAACUAAACAAGAUGGGAACGUCAAGACCUCGCCGCCGGUGCGUCGCAUCGGAAGUGGCUCUAAAAAUGGUUGUUAAGUUUUGAGCAUGUUCCCCAGAAGAAUAUUCGCACGAUUUCCGUACUCCAGAAACAUGUAAAACUGACUAAAGGGUAACUUUUUUGGGUUACUAUUUACAAAAAACAAUUUGACGCAGCAAUUCCAAUAUUUGAUAAUCUAAAUUAUGAUCCAUCGCCGCUUCAAAUCAAUGAUAAAGCGCUCCAAAAUUGUUAACUUAGACUGUUGUAGUUAAGUUUAAUCAUGCAUUUUAAAACGAAACUGACCCAUUGACGGCGCGAAAUAUCCAAUAAUAGUUUGCUCAUCCAUUAUGUGAAUGCUUUUAAAACAGUAUUCACGGCCUCCUGAGGCAGAAUGAGCUCAUCUUCAUUAUGGUGUUAAAUCCCCAGGUGUCCUGAACCAUGUCUCGAACGUGGGUAGGGGCUUACUAUGGUCAAUCCAGAAAUAAUUGGCUGCCACAGCUUGUAGCCCAUGCUUCUUUGCAAAGUCACGGGUGGAGAAUUUCUUCCGCUGCCUAUUGUAUGGGCUACCAACGAAAAAAAAAAAAAAAUAAAGACAGAGGAAUCUUUAGAACGAAGCUUUCUCAUUCUUUUCUACGUUUAUUACAAAGAUA